UAAGGGUCCUGAUCAUACAUGGAGGAUGACUGAAAAAUCCAACGGUGUGAAGAGCUCCCCAGCCAAUAACCACAACCAUCAUGCACCCCCUGCCAUUAAGGCCAAUGGCAAAGAUGACCGCAGGACUGGAAGCAGGCCACAGUCUUCGGCUGAUGAUGACACCUCCUCAGAACUGCAGAGGCUGGCAGACAUGGAUACCCCACAGCGGGGGAGGGGUGGCUUCCGCAGGAUUGUCCACCUGGUGAGGGUCGUCAGAGAGUGGGCCAACAAGAAUUUUCGAGAGGAGGAACCUAGGCCUGAUUCAUUCCUUGAGCGUUUCCGUGGGCCUGAGCUCCAGACCGUGACGACACAGCAGGGGGAUGGCAAAGGCGACAAGGACAGCGAGGGCAAGGGCACCAAGAAGAAAUUUGAAUUCUUUGUUUUGGACCCAGCUGGGGACUGGUAUUACCGCUGGCUGUUUGUCAUCGCCAUGCCUGUCCUCUACAACUGGUGCCUGCUGGUGGCCAGAGCCUGCUUCAGUGACCUACAGAAAGGCUACUACCUGAUAUGGCUGGUGCUGGAUUACUUCUCCGAUGUGGUCUACAUCACAGACCUCGUCAUCCGAUUGCGCACAGGUUUCCUGGAGCAGGGGCUGCUGGUCAAAGACCCCAAGAAACUUCGGGACAACUACAUCCACACAUUGCAGUUCAAGCUGGACGUGGCUUCCAUCAUCCCCACAGACCUGAUCUAUUUUGCUGUGGGCAUCCACAGCCCCGAGGUGCGCUUCAACCGCCUGCUACACUUUGCCCGAAUGUUUGAGUUCUUUGACCGCACUGAGACACGCACCAGCUACCCCAACAUUUUCCGCAUCAGCAACCUGGUCUUCUACAUCUUGGUCAUCAUCCACUGGAAUGCUUGCAUCUAUUACGCCAUCUCCAAAUCCAUAGGCUUUGGGGUUGACACCUGGGUUUACCCCAAUAUCACUGACCCUGAGUAUGGCUACCUGGCUAGGGAAUACAUCUACUGCCUUUACUGGUCCACACUGACCCUCACCACCAUUGGGGAGACACCACCUCCUGUAAAGGAUGAAGAGUUCCUAUUUGUCAUCUUUGACUUCCUGAUUGGUGUCCUCAUCUUUGCCACCAUUGUGGGAAAUGUGGGCUCCAUGAUCUCCAACAUGAAUGCUACCCGGGCAGAGUUUCAGGCCAAGAUCGAUGCCGUCAAACACUACAUGCAGUUCCACAAGGUCAGCAAGGAGAUGGAAGCCAAGGUCAUUAAGUGGUUUGACUACUUGUGGACUAAUAAGAAGACUGUGGAUGAGCGGGAAGUUCUCAAGAACUUGCCAGCCAAGCUCAGGGCUGAGAUAGCCAUCAACGUCCACCUGUCCACACUCAAGAAAGUGCGCAUCUUCCAUGACUGUGAGGCUGGCCUGCUGGUGGAGCUGGUGCUGAAGCUCCGUCCUCAGGUCUUUAGCCCUGGGGAUUACAUUUGCCGCAAAGGGGACAUUGGCAAGGAGAUGUACAUAAUUAAGGAGGGCAAAUUGGCAGUGGUGGCUGAUGAUGGUGUGACUCAGUAUGCCCUGCUCUCGGCUGGGAGCUGCUUUGGGGAGAUAAGUAUCCUUAACAUUAAGGGAAGCAAAAUGGGCAAUCGACGCACAGCCAAUAUCCGCAGCCUGGGCUACUCAGACCUCUUCUGCCUGUCCAAGGAUGAUCUCAUGGAAGCUGUGACUGAGUACCCAGAUGCCAAGAAGGUCUUGGAGGAGAGAGGUCGGGAGAUCCUGAUGAAGGAGGGGCUGCUGGACGAGAACGAGGUGGCAACCAGCAUGGAAGUAGAUGUGCAAGAGAAGCUGGAACAGCUGGAGACCAACAUGGACACCUUGUACACACGCUUUGGCCGCCUGCUGGCUGAGUACACCGGAGCCCAGCAGAAGCUCAAGCAGCGUAUCACGGUCCUGGAGACCAAGAUGAAGCAGAACAAUGAGGAUUACUACCUGUCAGAUGGGAUGAACAGCCCCGAGCCAGCUACCGAGGAGAAGCCAUAAGGGCUGGGACCCAACUGCCUCUCCAGUCUUGACCUUCACCCCAGGAGCUAGAAGAGCUGUAUAGAUCUCCAGGUUUCUGUGCAUUACUCUCAUGUACUGUGAAUGCUUCCCGAAGCCUCUCUGACCCCAGGUUUUUGGCCUAAACAUCCUGGAGUUCCUCUCCAAGUCUAGCUAAAAGCCAAGCUUAUGGCCAGUGCAGACUGUGUUGGGCUGGCUUCAGGCUGCUCAAGUCUGAGGAAAGAAGAGGGGAACAGCUG